UUGCUCCCUCCUCUUCUCUCCCCUCAGGUCAAGUUACGAAAAGUUGAUGCUGAUGAUGAUGCUGCUGUUGUGGCACUCGUAAGCACAGGCGGCACUGCGCACAAGAAGGAAGGGAAAGAAAUGGAGAAGUUCGUAUCGACAAACACAAUGGCAACACAGCAUUGUGGACAAGAAGGGGACGCGUUUGCCUUCAUUCCGCCAUUCCUCCCCAUUCCUUCCGUUUCGACAUCCUCAUUGUCUUUCCUCCAACCUCUCUUCCUCCUUUCUCCGGCCAGCCCCUCCUUCUCCAUUCUCACUCCUCUUUUUCCUUUGCUUGUCUUCUUCCUACUUUCGUCCUCCACUGAUAGUCUUAGCAACAUUCGACAUAUUGCAGAGCCCACUCGUAUUCUUCUGCGUCUCCUACCUCUCCGCCUUCAGGGCACUCCUAUGAAAGGCAACGAUGGCAUUGAGCAGCAUAUCAACAAUCCUAUUGCCUUACACGAUCACCCAUGCACAACUUGGUUCCUUAUUUUUUACAUUUAA